AUGCCCCGGACCGCGAAUUCACGCGUCCGCGCCGCUGCAACGUCCAGAGAAGCUGCUAAGAGGAAUGUCAGAGACCAAGGAGACUCAGACUACGAAGAUGAACCUACCCCACCUUCUCCACCACGCACCGCCAUUACUUCGUUCUUCCAUCGCGUCGCUACGGUCCCGAAGAACGUGUCUGCUGGGGUCAAACGCGGUGCCAAGUCCGCAGAAGAGCUUCUGAAUAGGAAACGCCGACGCGAGAACGACGACUUGAUUGACAAGUCUGCACCAAAGAAGCAAUCACGAAUGACGAUCUAUCGAGAGGAGAAAGGCUUAACGAAGAAGGCACGCGCAAAAAAUAUGCACAUAACAAGCUCAUCGUUCUUUGUGAAACCGACGAUGCCCGCUUUAGACAGCGUGCCUUUAUUCCUUCCCAAUGGCCAGCCACUCAAUUCACCUGCCCCAUCACCUCCCACAUCGAUUCUUCCACCUAUCGAGAUUGAUUCGGAUUCAGACAUUGAAAUCACCGAUAUUCCCAAUGGCAGCCCUGCCUCGAUGGACUCUGACAUCGAGAUGCCUCAUGUCGACGUGUUACUCGUUGAUGCAGAAGUCCCCACGGACAUUCCAGCCUGCGAACCUGCCUCUUUCGCAGUGGAACCUCCUUCUGACGAAGGCCCUGCUGGAACUGAAGACGAUGCCGAGCUGGAGUCGCCUGCCAACCUGUCUCUCGCAGCAAUCAACAUCCAGUACGACUCUUUCAAGCUGAAGCUUGAUCGUUAUGGCAGUAAACACUGUUCGGCCAGAGCAAUCGCGAAGGACACAACGUCAAAAGCUGCCAACCGCAAACUGGUGGUCCUCGCACUUCAAGAAUACGCGAAGCAGCGCAGAAAUUUAGAGCGCGAGCGGGUCAUGCUUGCCCAGCAGAUCGACUGCGCAACCCCGCUGGCUCGCUACAAACUUCGCCAGCGUCUUGCCAAAAUCAAGCCCGAGGUUCGAGCGAGUGAGCGCGUUGCAUACCAGCAAGGGAAAACAAAGUACUGGGCCAGAAACCUGCGGUCUAUUGCGCGUGAAUUUCUGGCAACUGGGGAGAUUGCUGAAAGCAAUCAGGGCAAAGGCGCUCAUCACGCAACUCAUUUCGACAACCCUGAUGUCAAGCCACGACUGGAUGCAUUCUGCAAGCGUCUCAUCCCUCCAGAGAAGCCUUGGCGGCCUCAAGAAAGGCGAACGUGUAUGUGCCUGCUUCACUUUAUUUUCGAUACUUGUACUCAUGGAACACCACAGAUCUCUCCGCAACGGCUGCGGAAAUAUGUCAAUGAGUUUCUUCUGCCGGAACUCGAGAUCACAACGACCAUAUCGCUCUCGACUGCCCUUGCCUGGCUCAAGAAGCUUGGAUACAGCAUCAAGAAAUAUCAAAAGGGCAUCUAUUUCGACGGUCAUGAGCGACCAGAUGUAGUCCAGAAACGAAAGGAAUUCAUUAAAGAGAUGCUCUCGACGAUUUUACCCCUUUCAUAUCAAUAUGACGACGUCCCCUUCAACAAGGACGACCCAACGGAUGAUCCCAAAGCAAAACGACCCAUUCGAGAGGUCCCGCCAACGCUCAAAGAUGGACAAAAAAUAUUCUACCCGAUAUUCCACGACGAGACCUCAAUUCACGCCAACGACCAGACUCGUUAUGUGUGGGAACGAGAAGACGAGCACGAGCUGCGGAGCAAGAGUCGUGGACGCAUCGUCCACGUUUCUGACUUCAUAAUCGAGCACUGCGGUCGGUUGUACCUUAGCGCGCGGCGGAAAUCGAACAACAACUCAGGUUACCAAGACGUCCGCUGA